AUGCCUUUCAGAUUACCCUUUAAGUAUACCAGAUCACAAUUAGAAAUAUUUAGAUUUUCAUUCUGUUUGUUGGCUCCCGUGGGUGUCAUGUACUACAUUGGGACAGAUACCGAUAAGAAACUAAAUGUUCCUGGAUUUUGGCCAGAUCCUCAGACUUUGAAUGAGAUACCCAAGGAAAGAUAUGAGAUCAAAGCAGAAUUGGCCAGAAUGAAGAAGGAAAGGCUAGAGAAACGAUUGAGGUUAGAGAAGAAAUUAGCUGAAGAGUUUGGUAUUAAUGUUGAAGAGGAGAAACUGAAGAUCAAGAAUGACACGUCAAGUACUGCUACACCUAGUAGUAGUGAGGGGGUAAGUUCAGGACUAUGA